AGCCUUGAAAACUCCUAACAUCACAUGACCAAGGAACUCGAUUUUUGCUACCUUCCUCAUUCACAGGAGGACCAAGAUACACAUGAAGAACUGCUACCUAGAUGCAAUGGCUAUAUGCAAAUAUUUUGGGUUUCCUGAUCUGUUUAUAACAUUCACUUGCAAUCCUAAGUGGCCUGAAAUCACUAGGUAUCUACAGAAACACAACCUUAUUGCGGAUGAUAGACCCGAUAUCAUUGGAAGGCUUUUCAAAAUCAAGCUUGAUUCUCUCAUGAUUCAUCUAACGGAUAAAGAUCUAUUGGGGAAGACAGUCUCUUGUGAGUUAUUAUGUAUUGUGUUUUUUUAUGAGUUGAUGUUUUUUAAUAUUAACUAGCUCUAACUAUUUUGGAAUUUUUUUUCUCUCUUUCAGCAAUGUACACUGUUGAGUGGCAAAAACGUGGUCUACCUCAUGCACAUAUUCUCUUAUUCAUGCAUCCUAAUUCCAAAUUUUCAACCACUGAUGACAUUGACAAGGUUAUCUCAGUGGAAAUUCCAGACAAAGAGAAAUUAACCAGAGCUUUAUGAUAUUAUCAAAGAUAUGAUGAUUCAUGGUCCUUGUGGAGCUGUUAAUAUGAACUCACCAUGCAUGGAAAAUGGUUCAUGUUCAAAGCUCUAUCCUAAGAAUUUUGCAGAUAAAACUACUGUCAACAAAGACGGUUUUCCUGUUUAUAGAAGACGAGAAUAGGCAGGAAGAUUUGUUGAGAAGAAUGGAUUCAAGUGUGACAACAGAUAUGUGAUACCAUACAACAAGGAAUUGUCUCUUCGAUUUCGAGCUCAUAUCAAUGUGGAAUGGUGCAAUCAAACGGGGUCUAUAAAAUACUUAUUUAUGUAUAUUAACAAAGGGCAGGAACGUGUCACUGUUUCUGUUGAGCCACCAAACACAGAAGAGUUGAAUGAAAAGAAAAAAAAUGAAAUCAAGGACUUCUUUAAUUGCAGGUAUUGACAAUCACUAAUUACGUAAAUUUUUGAAGCUGUUGAAUUUAACCUAUCAAUUUUGCAGCUGAUUGUCUUUGACCUAUCAAUUUUGCAGGUACGUCUCAGCCUGCGAAGGUGCUUGGAGGAUUUUUAUGUUUUCUAUUCACUAUAGAUCAACACCGGUUGAAAAAAUUCAGUUUCAUCUACCAGGGAAACAAAUCAUAGUUUUCAAAAUGAUGACACAUGGGAAGAAGUAACUAGCCAGAAAUCAAUUGAAAACACUAUGUUCUUGGGCUGGUUUGAAUUGAACAAGGUCAGUGCAGUUGCUCAGACACUCACUUUAGCGGAGAUACCAACAAGGUUCACUUGGAAUAAAGCAGCCAGAAAGUUUCAAGAUAGGAAGAAAUGAUCGCGAUUGGCAUAAUUAAUUAUGCCCCACGAAAAAUCGAAGAGGCGUUCUAUCUGAGGGUUUUACUUAACAUCGUCAGAGGUCCAACAUGUGAAGAAGAGAUUAAAACGUUUCAUGGGUUUCUUUAUCCUUCAUACAAGGAAACAUGUUUUGCAAUGGGGCUAUUAGAAGAUGAUCAGGAAUAUAUUGACGACCUCGUGAGAGCAAGUUUUACCGGUUCUGCAUGUUAUAUGCGUCAGGCUUUUAUCAUUAUGCUCAUGUCUAAUACUUUGUCAAAGCCAGAAGUCGUUUGGGAACAUACUUGGGAAUUUCUUUCAGAAGACAUUGAGCAUAUGAGAAGAAGGCUAUUACAUAGACCAGGUACGGUAAUUCGAUUUAAAUUUGUUUAAAUUUUAAGACUUUGACAUGGUUAUAAAAUUUGUUAACUUAUCUUUGUCUGGAAUUCAGAUCUUUGUUUGAGUGAUUCCGAAAAAAAACAGUAUGCGCUUAUAGAGAUUGAGAAGCUUCUAAAGAGUAACGGAUUGGUCAAAGAUGCCUAAGCCGAUACCAGACAUUGUUAAUAACAAUGUAUUGAUUUUGGACGAGCUCAGUUACGACCAGCAAGAGUUAGAAUCUGUCCUUGCCCGUGAUCUUCCAAAACUAACGGAUGAGCAAAGGAAGAUUUUUGACGAGAUUACUGAUGCUGUUUUCACACAACGAGGUGGUGUUUUUUUUGUAAAUGGAUUUGGUGGUACAUGCAAAACUUUCUUGUGGAGAUUGCUUUCUGCUGCAGUACGUGUCAGGCGUGAAAUAUGUCUGAAUGUUGCUUCGAGCGGGAUAGCUUCUCUAUUGCUUCAGGGAGGGAGGACUGCCCAUUCUCGAUUUGGAAUUCCCAUCAAUCCUGAUGAGUUCUCUACUUGCACAUUUAUACGAGGAACUGAUCAAGCGGAUCUUGUGAAAGCAGCCUCACUUAUAAUUUGGGACGAAGCUCCAAUGAUGAGCAGACAUUGUUUUGAAUCAUUGGAUAGGAGUAUGUUGGACAUUUGUCGAGAUAACGAAAAUAAACCUUUCGGUGGAAAAGUUGUCGUUUUUGGUGGAGAUUUUAGACAGGUAUUUCCUGUCAUUCAUGGAGCUGGAAGGGCUGAGAUUGUUUUGCAGUUAACCAAGAAUAUGCGGCUUGAGUCAAAUAAUUUGUCCCCUGAAGUGGCAAAAGAUUUGCAGGAGUUCUCACAAUGGAUACUAGACAUAGGAGAUGGAAAGAUUGGUGACGCAAAUGAUGGGGAAACACUUAUUGACAUCCCAGAAGAGUUUUUAAUUCUUGAUAUUGAUGACCCAAUAGAAGCUAUAAGCACUGCAGUCUAUGGAGAUUCCACUUUUUUACACGAGAAGGAGCCUAUUUUUUUUUCAAGAGAGAGCUAUAUUAUGUCCUACUAACGAGGAUGUGAACAUGAUCAAUCAACACAUGUUGGACAAGCUUGAUGGUAAGUAAAGAGUGUCUAAAUUUUCUUGCUGCUGUAUAUUAGUAUGUUUCAAUUUUUUUCCACUAGACUAACGUUUUAAGUACUUCAAUGCAGGAGAGGAAAUUUUUUACUUAAGCUCUGAUUCAAUCGACGCUUCUGAUAGGUUUUCAAAGAAAGACCAGGUUCUCACUCCAGUUUUUUUGAACAGAAUUAAAGCGUCUGGACUGCCAAAUCAUAGUCUGCAGCUGAAAGUUGGUUGUCCAGUCAUGUUGCUAAGAAACAUUGAUCCUGUUGGGGGAUUGAUGAAUGGAACUCUGCUCCAGAUUACAGAGUUGUAUGACUUCAUGAUAAAGGCAAAGGUUAUUACUUGGGAAAAGGUUGGUCGAACUGUGUUGAUUCCCAUGCUUUCAAUUACUCCUUCAGACAAAAAGUUGCCAUUCAAAAUGAGGAGGAGACAACUGCCUAUUGGUGUGGCUUUCGCUAUUACUAUCAAUAAAAGCCAAGGACAAACAUUGUCUGAAGUUGGUAUAUUUCUACCAAGACCGGUUUUUUCACAUGGACAAGUAUAUGUGGCUGUUUCCAGAGUGAGUUCUAAGAAAGGCUUGAAGAUGCUGAUUGUUGACAGUGAAGGCAAGCCUCAACGCCAAACAAAGAAUGUUGUCUUUAGAGAAGUUUUCGAUAAUCUACGAUCUAUGUUUUCAGUUCUGUUUUUAGAAAAUUGCAGAUGAUUUGCUUUAUUUGCAGACUUUGGUUUUAUGUUUUACGUUUCGUUUAAGAUUCAUAACAGAGCAAUAAAAUUCCUCUUUGGAACUUUUUGGAAAAGUACGAUGUGAGUUUUUGGUGAGGAUGUGAAACCUCAGAAACAAACAUAUGAUCGUUGUUGUUAAUUAAAAUUAUUUGAUAGCUAUUAUUUCUAACACGAAAAAUGAACUUUAGAAAAAGUUCUACGCUGCAGAAAGCAAUUUAAUUCUCCUAUCUACAGAUAAUAACACCAAAUCAAUCAAUCAAACUCCGGUUUCAAUCCUAACUACCGAUAGGCACUUCCAUUCCUAGCUUCUAAAAUUCUGAAAAGUGUUUAAUAGUAACUUACAAAUUAUAUCAUUGCAGAAUGGUUGGAUACAUGUCAUUACAUACUGGUGCGCAAGUUUGGUUUGUCUUUGCCUCAUGUCUUUCAUCAUCAUACAACAUAUAGACUCUAUUCUGUAAAAUUAAGAGAAAACAUUAGUUAACCGUUUAGAUUUCACAAAAUAUUUAAUAUAUUAUAGUCAUUGUAUGUGUUGAGGUUAUAUCUAAUAAAAACUUAUCUUUUCUCAGGUUUGAGGUUUUUGUGAUUGAGGUUGGAGUCGUAUUAAUAAAGCUCUACCAGUACUCUCUGUCACUACAAGACCUGCACAUGAGUCGUAAACAUUAAUACGACAACAAACUAAACAUAUAUCAUUCAGCUUCUGCUUUAUAACAGAUUAAUCAAAUUAUUCAUACACUAAUUUGUUAGUGCCUGAAAUAAAAAAAAGUAGAAUAAAUCAUAAGAGACUCCAAAUUGAGGAACAUAGAUUGUACAAGCAUAAACAUAUAUCAUUCAGUCAUUAGCAUAAGAGACAGCAAAGAAAUUCUUAUGGGACAUCAGAGAAAGGAAGUAACGAAGGUGAAAGAAGUUAAGAUGCAUAAUCAAUUAAAAGGAUUACCUCUGUUUAUUAUCCAUCUAAAAAGUUGGAAGUUGUUUUUGCUCGGAAAUCUUAUGUGACCAAGCAAAUCACCCAUUCAUCUUCUUCAUCUGUGAAUCUGCAGAAUAAAACAAUUAUUAUGCCAAGAGGAAAGGAAAUCAAAUCAAAAUUUAUGGUUUGCUUAUGAUUAAUACCCGAUGCAUGAGAAACAUUCACCAAGCAACAGUUUCAAUCUUCACCAACGUCCAAUCCAUCAAGAUCGAUAGAUCUACCCACUGAUUCUCUCAUCGAUUCUCUAUUUCAGUUCUAGCGUGUCGUCGAUUCCUCAAAGAAAAAUUGGAUCGAGAAAUUUUUCUUUUUACGUUCCCUUUUCUGUUUUUUUUUUAAAUCAAACGGCCACAAAAACAUAGAUUUUGACAU